CUCGAGCUCGACCGAGAGUCAGCGCGCGAUUAGGUCGCAAAGGGUCCGCUUGGUUUCACAGCGAUUACAUCACUUGACCGAAAAUUCAUGGCGGUUCAGCAGAGCAGCUCGGCAGUAAUAUUCGCAUCUCCGCUUUGGUCAUCUGUGUAAACUCCGGGUGUUACAUGGGCGUCGUCUUCCCCUUGGUGUGCCCGUGCUGUGUGUAAAUAUCUCUUUGAAUAAGCGGGUGGGAGAUGGACACCUCCCUGACUGACGACGAUGGCUGGAGACGCCGCGCGUGUCUCUCUCGUCAGUCAAAUCGCGGUCGUCGUUCUGCGACUAUUCGUCGCUUGAUACACAAAACGCCGUGCUUACUGUCGCGCGCGCUCUCGACCUGCGUGCCAAAAAUAAAUUUCUCUCGUUCUCUCUCCUCUCGUCAAGUAUUUAAUUAAACAAACGUAUUGGUGAGAACCUCUCUCUUCCGGUGUUGCGCGCCUCACGUCAAAGUUCUGUGACUCCACGAACAUUUUUACAGGUCUAAAAAUAGAAAAUCAAAAAAUAAUUUGAAAAAAUUGAGUAACAAUCGUUCAAGAAAUUCUGGAUUCUGGAAUGUUUUGUUAUUGAGAUUUUGGACGGAUCUUUUUCGGGUUACCAUGAGAUAAAAAGUAGAUAUAACAAUUCGGUGUAUGAUAUCAAAAGAAGAAAUCCGAGGAGCGGUGCCGCGUCAAAGACACCGUACGUCGUACAACUGACUCCAAGCAUCCGCAAGAUGAUGAGGCAAUUGAUACCGCUGCUUCUUCUGGCGGUCGCGGUGUUGUCUCACGAGCCGUUCAAAGUGAUAUUCGAAUGGAAAUCUAUCGACUUCGAAUGGCUGUCGGACGAAGUGCGGCAGUUCGCCGUGCUACGCGGUGAUUACAUACCGGCGAGCAACUUCAUAACCACGGUGAAAUUUUGGAAGGACAAGAUGUAUUUGACGCUGCCGCGAUGGAACGACGGCGUGCCAGUGACGCUGGCGGUCACGUCGGCGACUCCGGUGAACAACGUGACGGCGCCCAAGUUGGAACCUUAUCCCGACUGGAAUAUGCAGAAGCUGGGCGACUGUUCGGCGUUUCAGUUGGUCCACAGUAUCGAAAUUGAUCCUCGAGGUCGCAUGUGGGUGCUCGACACCGGACGGCCAAAAACAUAUCGACAGUUUAAAGCCUGUCCGGCGCGUCUUGUUAUUCUCGACCUCGAGGACAAAGGCAAGAUUCUUCGUACAUACGAGUUUCCCAACGACGUGGCCAGUCUCGACGACACAUAUCUCAACGACAUCGUUCUCGAUCACGAGGACGGUGUGAUGGCGUACAUCACCGACAGCGGCAAGCAUGAUCCGGGCAUCAUCGUCUACUCGUUGCAAAACAACACUUCUUGGAAGGUCCGACACGAUUCCAUGAAGGCGAAGUCGGAAGCGGCAGGUUUCAUGGUGGCGAAGACGCACGUGAUCAAUAAGAUGAACGUGGACGGCAUUGCGCUUUCACCGGCGAGCUGCAGCGAAGAAAAAUGCGAAAGACAAAUCUACUACACGCCUUUGUCCUCCUUCCACCUGCACUCGGUCUCGGUGGACGCGCUGAAGAACAACGCGACGCGCAUUAAUCCCUACGUAAAAGAGCUCGGGCGAAAAUCUUCGCAGACCGACGGUAUGAUGAUGUCAUCCACCGGUGUGCUUUACUUUGGUCUAUUGGCCGACGACGCUAUCGCUAUGUGGGAUACAAAGACCGCUCCGUCCUUCACCAUCGGUCAGAGAAUCAUAUCACGCGAUCACGUAUUGACGCAAUGGCCUGCCAGCUUCUCGUUCGACCACGAGGGCAACUUGUGGUGCGUCACUAAUAUGCUGCAAAAUGUUUUGAACAACAAAGUCAACAUUAACGAGUCCAACUACCGUCUGAUUCGAGCACGCGUGGGUUUUAAAAGUUAUCUGUAUUACGAGAACGGUACGGCACCUGAAUGGCCGGAUGUCACCGCGGACGCCGAGUCCGUAAAACUCACGUUCGCCUCACUUCUAAUCGUCGUCUUAGCGCUCGUUGCAAAAUAGUCGCAUCUUAAUGCGUAGAAAAUCUUUAUCGGGAAGACGGUAUAUAUGAUUUACGUGUUACAAUAUUUUUGCGCUGAAGUUUUUAUUAUCAACACACAUACGAUGAACCAAUAGUGCGCCCGUUGUGAUAAAUGAUUACGAUAUAUUGCAUUAUGUAUCAGUAUUCAAAACACACACACAUAUACAGAGAGAGAGAGAGAGAGAGAGAGAAAGAGAGAAAGAGAGAGAAACAAAUCGAUAUCUUAAGACAUCUUUUGAGCGCAUCUAUUUUUUUUUUGGAGUAUUAUAAUAUUAAUAUUUCACAAAGGAUCAUAUUGAACGAACAUUGUUGGUUUUAAUAAUUUAUACGUACAUAAAUAAAUAACUUGAGAUUUCA